AUGCAAAGACUCAUGCCUGUUAAUGCUCACGAGCCGUAUGUUUCACCUCGGGUGGAGCUGAGCCCUCAGUGUUUGCUGCUCACACAGAGUGAACCAGAGGAAGAACUGGAGGUGACUAACUUGUUAUGUUACUCUGUUACACUGGAAACCAGAACCCUUACAUACGAUGAGUCCUACUAUGAGUACGUCCCUGAUGAGCUACAGUGGUACAAUGCAAGCGACCUGUGUAAGCAGCGCUUUGGGGCCUUAGCCAAUGUCUCCACCCCAGCAGAGAAACAAAACCUAACCAGCUUUUUAAACUCUUUGAACAUCUCUCAGCCUGUGUGGAUUGCCAGGAAAGUCAUGACACAUCCAAAAAGUUCCUCCAAGACCUUCAUUCUGGAGUUCAUUGGGCGCUCGGACAGGAAGAACGCCCGUCUUCUGCACAAGUUCCCUUCCAUGGGCUCAUUGACCGUUUGCACCCGUCUCCACUUCGAUCACAAUUGCUUUGGAAAUUCCAUCAUCUUCUCUUAUUCCAUCCAGUCAUAUAUUAAUGAGUUCCAGCUCCGUGCGAAGCUGAUCCAAGGAAAGCCUGUGCAGCUGGCUCUGCUAGUCCAUGGUAUUCAUGGUGCUUACCAGGAAGCCUUCGACCACGACGGCUCAUGGCACUCAGUCUGUGUUUCUUGGAGCCAGAAUGGUGGACGCUGGGCACUAUUUAUUGAUGGCAAUGAGACCUCCAAGGGUGAUGGCCUAUACAGUUCUGACAGCAUUGGCCCAGACGGUCUUUUCAUUAUAGGGCAGGAGCAGGACACCUUUGGGGGCUCAUUUAAGAAGGAUGAGUCAUUCUCAGGGAGCAUCACAGAGCUCCACAUUUGGGAUCGGGUACUGAACCGCAGUGAAAUCUACACCAUGGAAAAGGAGUGUUCACCCAUUUCCUCUGGGCUGGUGUUCAAGUGGGGUGUAGGAACCAUGGAAAUAGAAUCCUCGCUUACAAACCUGACGAGUGAGAUCCCUUGUCAAGGUAACAGAUCUGGGUCAAAAAAUGCGUUCUUGGAUUCCUUCCUGGAUGGAAAUUCCUUCAAUAAGUCAUUCUCUUACAAGGUGAUCCAUAGCCAUCAGUCUGAAGAGGAUUGUUGCAUCUUUGACCCAUCUUUUAACCGGAGCUCGGACCAUGCCAAGUGUGACUCAUUCAGAGGCGCUGUCUGCCAGUUUAAGAAAGAAUUGACGGAUGUUUUCAGUUUACCAAGGACACCAUUCUUCAGCAGACUGAGCAAGGAUCCUUUGACCAAACCUGUGAUGGAGCAGCUGAGCGUAAAUGCCGUCCUACAAACAGUGGAGGCUGGUACCCCAAACCUUCUCACAUCCAGCGAUGUCCUCUACCUCUCGAAGAUGAUAGAAGUGGACCUGACUGCACUGGCUAGUGCUCAUUCUGCUGGAGCUGAUGCAGCAGAGGCAAUGGUGUCCAUUGCUACCAACUACCUACAGGUGGCGAGUUUGAUGCUGGAGCCGCACAUGGCUACUCAGUGGAUGGGCUUGACAGAAGAUGGGGUCAGCGUGGGGCCAUUUACUAUUGUCAAGAGCAUUGACAAUCUCACUGAAACUCUUACAGACAUAAUGCCUGCUGAGAGAAGAGAAUUCACCCUUUCAACCAAAAAUAUAGAUGUGUACAUGAUGCGGCAAAAGUUGUCUGAAGAGAGCUGUAGUCAAUUGUUCAAGCCAUCUACGGUCAGCUCCCACACCAACAGCAGAGGUGGUCAGGACGAACUGCUGAUCCCUGACACUGAACUCCAGAGGAUACACUCAUUGGGAUAUGAAGAAGUGAUGUUUAUCCAUACCCACUACAGCCACCUUAGUGAGAUUGUAUCUGGUACACAAGAACCUCCACAGGGUCACCAAGAGAAAGUUAAAAGAACUCUCCCAGGUCACCUGGCCUCUGCUGUCAUAUCAGCCACCAUCCGUGAUGCCUCCAAAGCUCAAAAUAUCCCUGUGGCUGUCCAGUACACCCUGUCCUCAUCACAUGUGGUGGAGUAUUCACAGAGAGUCACUCCUGUUUGUGCCUUUUGGAAUUUCAGUCUGACGCAAAGUCAUGCCAAUAGCUGGUCCAGUGAUGGUUGCAGGGUGACCUUUUCUGUCUCUGGUGUCACUUCAUGCCUGUGUAACCACACCACCAACUUUGCAGUACUGAUGAAUUACCUGGAAUCAAAGUGGACUCCUGAGGAAGAGCUUAUUUUGACCAAGCUGACAUUCAUUGGCUCUGGCGCAUCUCUGUGUGCACUGGUGGUGACCUUGAUGCUUUUCACCGUGCUGGACAUUCCCAAAUCUGACAGGACAUCCAUCCAUAAGAACCUCUUCAUUGCUCUGAUCUGUGCUCAAGUGAUUCUACUUUGCAGCGGCUCAGCCAUUCACAACAAGGUGGCGUGUACACUUGUAGCAGCACUGCUCCAUCUCUUCUUCAUGGCAGCAUUUAGCUGGAUGCUGGUAGAGGGUCUGCUGCUCUGGAGCAAGGUGGUCGCUGUCAACCUAAGCGAGGACAGACACAUGAAGUAUUACUAUCUCAUCGGCUGGGGUCUGCCGGUGCUAAUAGUCACCAUCACGCUGGCAUCAGCCUCAGGCAAAUACUCGGCCGACGGCUACUGUUGGCUCAGUGUCCAGAAUGGUGUUAUCUGGGGUUUUGCUGGGCCCGUCAUCUUCAUUAUUAUGGUGAAUGUCAUGGUACUAACCAGGGUGGUGGUCAUCACCAUCUCCACAGCCAAGAGGAGGUCUAUCAUGUUGGCCAUGGGCACCAGUCCUGUGGAACAAGCCUACGAGCAAAUUAGGGCUGCAGUGAAAGCAGUUUUGGUUUUGCUGCCCAUCCUUGGAUUGACAUGGCUGUGCGGCGUCCUGGUGCCUUUCUCCAUAGUCAUGGCCUACAUCUUCAUCCUCCUCAACUCCCUGCAGGGCCUUUUUAUCUUCCUGAUAUAUGGGGUGUACAACACAGAGGUUCGGAGCACGGUCAACAGGAUCAAGGAAAGGAGAAAAGCGCUUAAUUUUUCAAAUUGUGCCAGUUCCCGACCAUCCAGCUCAGUUACCAGCUCUCGCCCUGUCAGUUUCCCUCUAACAAUCCCAAGCCAGGAAGAAGAGGCCACCCCUACCUUUCAUCACAGCAACACCCCAGGCCAGGGGAAGGAGGAAGACGGGACCAGAGAUCAGCUGUCCAUUCCUUGUGAUCCAGAGAGACUAGAAAAUCCCUUGAGCCAACCCACUCAUCUGCAGAGAAAGGAGCCUCCUCCCUCAGAAGUGGAUGCCUUGCCGACUGGUUGUAGUCUUCACGUUCCUAUGGAUCUUGAGUUAACAGCUUCCUGUUUCUCUCGCAGCCACGCGCCUCAGAAAAGCUACGGCCUCGUCUACGUAGACUGACCUGGCAGGUGUGAUGGGGAUUGUAGUUUGGAAUUAUGAGUAAAUUUUUUUCGUCAGAAUUAAUCGGAUGUUUCCUUAUUACUCUGGCUCCUUUUUUCUUCACUUCACCUGUGAUCAUUGUAGAGACACAUGAAUGUUUGUUAGGCCUGUGCCCCUGAGCACUACAUUCCUAAAUAAUGCAGGUAUUUUCAGUGAGGACGACUGCCUUAAAACACUCAUUGUACGAUGUGCUAAGUAAGAAUGUAAUCUAAAUGCCUCAAAUAUAAAUUUUAUGUUAACUUAAAUUUCAAGUUUUCACUAAUGGCGCAUUGUGUAUUUUGACUUAAAAUGAUUGUGUUUUUUAUGUUUUUCAUGCAUGUACUCUCUCAUGGUACUUAAAUGUGCUUGUGAAAGCAUUAUAUUGUCCAGUAAAGUAUGUGAUAGUACUGCAACUGCUAUUAUAUUAACAGAGUAAUGGGGCACCCUUGUGACCACAUAGUGUGAGAUACUGUACAUAUCAUGUAACUGAUUUCAUUCAGGUCAUCACACUCUCUCUUUCAUCAUGUUUUCUGUUACUCUACUGUCAGACUUUUAAAUAAAGGACAAAAUAAAAAGACAAAAAAGAAACAGCAAAGUGAUAUUUCUGUAUAUAGAUUUGGAUUCAGCCCAUGGACAUACCUGUACAGAUAAAAAAUACAGUGAAACCAUUUCCCCCUGUAUUUAUAGUCCCCAGCUGUUGCUUAUCACAAGAAAACAUGUGUUUAAAGAACAAUGUCCCAAAGACACACACACUAUUUGAGAAAUAAGGUACCUAUUUUUCUUUCCACAGCAUAUACUGUGUUUGGGAGAAAAUAAAAAUCUUUCAUGUCAGUUUCAUGUGUUUUUCCCUCAAGUCUGCAUAUGACUCAUGAAUGAAUCUGUCGUUGCUUCAUGCUGUGAUUCUAUAAAAUGUUAAGAGGGUUGUUUGAAUAGCUUUUCAGUGUUUCCCAUUAAAAGAUACAUAACAUUUAUCUGGCUGUGUUAGUGUGCGGAGGAAGCUGGAAUCUGGUGUUAUAAGCAUAAUAAUUAUUUAUUGAAAUAUGAGGAAAAAUUCAAUUAGCCUCAGAGAGACACCCCCCAGGACCAGGUAGCGAUGUGACAGGGGAAGUCAGAAUGUCAGCAAAGGGGGAAGAAGGUCAUGGACAAGCGUAAGGAAAAUAGCAUUUGGAUGUAAUGUGUAUCCAUGUGUUGACAGCGUACACAAGUAGGUGAAUGCACAAAGCUACUGUAGUCAUUGUUAAAGUCCUCGUUUAAGUUUAUAUCCUGCAAUCAAGUCUGUCCUUACAGUUACUCUUCAGCCACAGAUGAGUUUGUUGUAAAGCAAUGAACUGAAUUUCAGACCACUGAAGUGACAGAUGACCAUUUUUCAUCAAGCUUUACUAAAUUUUAUCUUCAAACUAACUCCACUUGGAGGUGUAGCAGGACUUCAGCAGUAUUAUAACAAACAAGUUUAAAAAAUGGGACUUCUGCAAUGACCACAUUAAUGUGCAUGACUGCAUGUCAUAUGGAGUUUGCCUGUAUGUUAUAGGAAGUCCAAGGCAGCUGCAGAACCUAAACACAGACAUUCAGAGAGUAAGGAAAGAUUGUCUGAUCAAUACACACAAAUAAUGAGGAUGAAGAUCAAAAAAUUAGAGUUUGAGAUCAGGAACAGCUUAAUGGUAUUUAAGAGAAGUUUUUUGAGCAUUAAACAAGCCACUGAAAGACUUUUGAUCAUUCUAUGUCUUAAUUAACAAAAUGUUGACAGGUAAACAAACACCUCAGCUUGUUUCAGGAGGCAAGUUUGAAAACAUUUUUGAAAAAACUUUUAACAACAACUACUGUACAUGUGAAGAACUCCCAAAUGAGAAUAAUUUAGGAUGCCAAACAUUUAAGACAAUGGAAAAGAAUCUAAAAAAGAAACAAGCGGGUUUUGUUCAUUUUGGACAGAAGUCACAGCUCACAGGGGGAAAGACGCAGUCUUUGGUAUAGGAGCAAAGUGGACAGAGCAAUGACGCAGGUUGAAAUUCAGUAAGAAAAACAAAUGCAGCACAAACACCUUUCACACCUACUCACUUAAAUACAAUACUCUUUUGAAUGUACAGACUCAAACUUGCAUUAACAUUUAAAAAGACAAAAAAAACUGGUGAUUUUUCGUUUCUUUUUAUAUUUUUUUUUUUCCUUUUUUUUCUUUUUUCUUUUUUGUUCUUGAAAGCCUGUUAUUUUUGCUCCAGACCUGCAUCUCUGAACUACGUGUGGAAACAAAACAAGAACAUGCUACAGUAAACAAAUUUAUUCUGGCGCGGACACCUCACGUCAUGUAACACAAAGAUGGAAACCCAGAGACGCAAUAAAUUAUCUUCAUUAUUAAGCGUAACCAGUGACAUACUGUACAUCAAAAAGGUAAAAGCACUGUAAAUAAUACAGAAAAAAAGUUCUAAAAAAACACCAAAAAAAAAAAAGGUUGAAAGUGAAACGGAACCCUUUUACAGCAAUACAUAAGGAACAAAUGUUUGAAAGCCAGCAGACACAGAUAGAAAUUAAUAUUUUAAGUGUGAUUCCUUUUUGAUUUUAGUGUCUCACGACAUAAUUUAAGUACUGCUUUAAACAAAUAAAAAACACUGUACACACACCAAAAAAGCAAACCAGAAGGAUCUUUUUUUUUUCAUUUCAUCGAUUUCAUUUUUUAGGAAAUCAUUGCUUUGCAAUUUAUGCUUCAUCACAGUUCUCUCCCAUAUGACCACAUGAAUGUAAACACCUGUUGAAUUAUUCUUUUUUUAAAUUUUUACAACAUUAAUACUUUAUAUAUAUAUUUGUACAUAUUUUCAUUCACAUCUGCACGGUUUAGCUAGCAUGGUAAUGAAAUAAGGCAAGACUCACAUAACUGUGACAUCACAAAUCUUUUUUUUUUUCUUCUGUUAUAAUACUGAUUAUAAAGGGUUUUUUGUAAU